AUGGAGGAUCGAAUUUACUUCCCGAAUCCAUAUCUGCAAAGGUCGGAUUUAUUCACAAACAUAAUAAAUACAACCGUCUUAAUAUCUCGUGGUGGGGUGACUCAUCUUAAGCUCAUCAGUGUUUUUGUCGAAAGAAACAAAAAAGAAAUUAUUGCUACUUCGCAUAGUAAUUUUAAGGAUUGUAUAACCGUUACUAUCGAUGAAGGAAUUUCCCGAAGUUUAUCGGGUCAGGAUUGUGCCAG